GUUAGGUCUCUGUGUUGUUGGAGCGGGAACAGGACACACGCAGGAUUGACAGAAAGCAGUGCAUCUCUAACCUUUUCUGAUUAUAUAGUUGAAGGACAACAUGCCUCGAGAAAUCAUCACCCUGCAGCUCGGACAGUGUGGGAAUCAAAUUGGUUUUGAGUUUUGGAAGCAGCUCUGUGCUGAGCAUGGGAUCAGCCCAGAGGGCAUCGUAGAGGAGUUUGCCACUGAGGGUACUGACCGGAAAGAUGUCUUCUUCUAUCAGGCAGAUGAUGAGCACUACAUUCCUCGUGCUGUGCUGUUGGAUCUGGAGCCUCGAGUCAUCCACACAAUCCUAAACUCCCCCUACGCCAACCUGUAUAACCCAGAAAACAUCUAUCUGUCUGAGGAUGGUGGAGGAGCCGGUAACAAUUGGGCCAGUGGCUUCUCUCAGGGGGAAAAAAUCCAUGAAGACAUUUUCGACAUCAUCGACAGGGAAGCAGAUGGCAGUGACAGUCUGGAGGGAUUUGUACUUUGUCACUCCAUUGCUGGGGGAACAGGAUCUGGUCUGGGGUCUUACCUACUGGAACGACUGAACGACAGGUAUCCUAAAAAACUGGUUCAGACCUACUCUGUCUUUCCAAACCAGGAUGAGAUGAGUGAUGUUGUCGUACAGCCAUAUAAUUCUCUCCUAACCCUUAAGAGACUGACACAGAAUGCAGACUGUGUGGUGGUGUUGGACAACACCGCUUUGAACAGGAUCGCCACAGACCGGCUGCACAUUCAGAACCCCUCCUUCUCUCAGAUAAACCAGCUGGUGUCCACAAUAAUGUCAGCAAGCACAACAACCCUCCGUUACCCUGGAUACAUGAACAAUGACCUGAUUGGUUUGAUUGCUUCACUCAUCCCCACUCCCCGCCUACACUUCCUCAUGACUGGAUACACACCACUGACCACAGAUCAGUCGGUGGCCAGUGUGAGAAAGACUACAGUUCUUGAUGUGAUGAGGAGGCUCCUACAGCCUAAGAACGUCAUGGUGUCAACAGGCCGAGACCGGCAGACCAAUCACUGCUACAUUGCUAUUCUCAACAUUAUCCAGGGAGAGGUGGAUCCCACACAGGUGCAUAAGAGUCUGCAGAGGAUCAGGGAGAGGAAGUUAGCUAAUUUCAUCCCAUGGGGUCCAGCUAGCAUACAGGUGGCGCUCUCCCGCAGAUCCCCCUACCUGCCAUCAGCCCACCGUGUUAGUGGGCUUAUGAUGGCCAAUCACACCAGCAUCUCUUCGUUGUUUGAGCGAACCUGUCGUCAGUAUGAUAAGCUGAGGAAGAGGGAGGCAUUCCUUGAGCAGUUCAGGAAAGAGGACAUAUUCAAGGACAACUUUGACGAGCUGGAUAACUCUCGUGAGGUGGUUCAGCAGCUUAUAGAUGAGUACAGCGCUGCCACACGGCCCGACUACAUCUCCUGGGGUACACAAGAGCAGUGAAAACCUCUCCAGUUAUUCCCUAAAGCUCUUGAUCUGCGAAUUUCACAAACAAAAAGCCCUAAAAUUCAUCCUGUAAAUAAUGAAAUUACUCCAGUAGCAAAUAGCAGAAUUUAAGUAGUAAAUUCUCCUCUUAAAAGCAGAAAGUCAUUUUCAUUUCUCAAGUCUUGCAGGUGAAAGAUCUUUAGCUCUGCAUCACUACUGUUGUAAGAAACUCUCGCAUAUGUGACUUUCAUCAGUUUUCAGACCUACAGAAGAGUUUUUCAUAACCUGGUGCCUCUAUCCUAAGCUGUUAUGAACUUUCACUCUUCCUUGCUCCAGUUUCCUUUCUCUCUUUCUUGCUCCAGUUUCCUUUCUCUCUGUUUCUUUUUAUCAGAGAAUUUAUGACUCUUUCUUAGUCUAUUUUUGUAUUGCACUCUGCACUCUUCUGCACAAAAUCUACAUCAAUCCAAGUCAAGGUGAUGCACUGUUGCCUGCACACAAGCUUCUGUGAACACACGUCACAGAUAAGACUGGGUGGUCUCAGAUGAAUGUAAUUGUAGGAGGGAGCGUGAAAGAUUAAGCCACUUGGAAAAAAACAGAUUAAAAGUAUUUUAUGAAUGCUAUCUUACUCCCUCACAUUCACGCAUGCAUGCUUUAAGACAAAAGGCGCUUGCUUUCAGGGGCUAGACAAUGAUUGUGUGGUGUUUUGAAUAAAUCUUUUCCCCUCUGUCUUUUCUGAAACCAGUUCUCACGGAUUAUUCUAGAACAGUGGUUCCCAACCCUGUUCCUGAAGACCCCCCAACACUGCACAUUUGGCAUAUCUCCCUUAACUGAUACACCCAGUUCUGGUCUUUAAGUCUCUACUAAUGAGCUGAUAAGUUGAAUCAGGUGUGUUUGAUUAGUAAGAUAUCCAAAAUUUGUAAUGUUGGGGGGCCUCCAGGAACAGGGUUGGGAACCACUGCUCUAGAAGUUUAACUUGAGAGUUUUGAAAGACAAUCAGCAGUCAAGUGUUAUGCUGUACCUCAAUGCAUUCUUUCAAUCAGAGAGCCCCGUUGUGGGUGUUGUUUGUUUUUAGUCAGUCAAAUCAGUGAUAUUACCUCAAUGACUCAUACACAUUCAUUAAAAUAAGUUUAUUCUACUGCUCUUUUCUUUUUUGGACUGGAGAAAGGUUGUACCUCCAGAAAUAUUUCAUGUGGAACUCUCUUGCCAAAACUCUUCGCAAGUGCUCUUUUAAUCUCAGUGUGUUGUCAUUAUUAAUGAUAUACUGUGUACAUAGUUUGUCGUCAGACUUAAUGCAUUUACUUAAAGUUCAUGAGGCUGAAUAAAUGUUUUUCUACAAGAAAAAUUGCAAAAUAAAUUUGGUUUCAUUAGUGUGUGAGAGUACAAAUUACACUCAGAAAACAUCUUGGCUCAGGCCAAAAUCAUUCACAGCAGAUGACAAUGGUCAUUUUGCCAUAAUACACAGAGAUGACAGUUUAGAAAUGAAAGCCUACUUUCCUGUGAUAAUAGCUCUCUGGUCCUUUUAUCUCUUUGCCAUAUUGUAAUACCUGUCUACAGACAUGACUUCA